GGGAGCUCAGGGCAAGGUCCUGAGAUGCUUGACUGGGUGUUGGGGAAGCUGCUAGAGCAUCCUCGUGGGCUCCCAGGGGGCUUGGGCUGAACUUGGGGGUGGCAGAAGCACAUAGAGUAAAGCCAGUCACCCUGCACAUACACACAGAGGGUUUCUUUCCCUGACACAGGGCUUGAGUCUGCCUCUACGUCCCCACUGCAACCCCCCACCUCUGUCUUUCCAACCAGCAUCCCAGGAGGUGGGACUGGACCCUCUUUCUGCUUGGCUCUAUGGGGGUGGGCAAGGCCAGGUGAUAGCAGUGGGAUGGUGUGAGCGUGCUGGCACCCAUGUGUGUGCAGUGAGGGUAUGGGGGGGCACGACCCUUCACCAGUGUCUGCAUGGGGGCUUUGCUAUAUGCAUCUCUCCCUGUCCCAUCUGCAGCACCAGGAGUGUCAGUGUUUGUCUGCAGCUGUGUGUGUGUGUGUACACAGAUGCAUGGAGAACUCUCAGAAAAUACAUAGUUGUGGAUGUGUGUGCAUGUGUGAGGUGCCCCCCUCUCUGCCGAGGCCUAUGUGUGGACACAGGUGUGGAUAUGCAUGUGUUUGGGUGUCUUUAAAUGGUGCUGUGUGCAGCCCACCUGUGUGCGCACACACACCUAUGAAUGCGCCUAUGUGCGUUGACGUCUGGUCCCUCCCCAGACCUACCUGGAGUUCUGGCCUAGUCACGGAGAGUCCACCUACGGCCGUUUCCACGUCACGCUGAUCUCAGAGGAGCCGGGAGCUGGCUUCACCGUCCGGACGCUUGCUGUAGCCAACAAGCAGCAGCCCAAGAAGGCCGUGCUGGAGGUCAAGUUCUGGCAGCUGGACGACUGGCCCAUGCAGCAGGAGCUCCCGCCAUGCCCGGACACCAUCAUCAGCUUGCUGGGGGAAGUGGAGAGGUGCCAGCGCAAGGACCAGGACAGCCACGUGCUUGUCACCUGCUGGGACGGUGCCAGCCGGUGCGGGCUCUUCUGCGCCGCCGGCUUCCUGUGCGAGCAGAUCCGCAGCGAGGCGCUGGUGGACGUGUCCCAGGCCGUCAGGAUGCUGAAACGGCAGGGGCGGCAGCUGGUCAAGGACGUGAAUCAGUACGAGUUUUGCUACAAGCUCGCCCUCAGCUACCUGGACUCCUUUAAGAUCUACGGGAACUUCAAGUAGCGGUCGCCUGGGGCCAGGACCUGUUGUUGCUGCUUCUUCUGACAACUCUCAGUCAGCACCGGGGACCAUGGACCCCACCAGGAGCCCUUCCACCUCUGUGCUGUGCCCACAAAUGGACUGGGAGACUUGUGCUUUGUCCAUCUGAAAACGAGGGCAGUAUCAGACCUGGAGCUGCAGCUAACGUGGGGGGAACGGGGCAGCCAGGCUCGCUGCUCCAGCCCCAGAGACCAGAAGGGAACUCUCCCCACCGCCUGCAAGCAGGACAGGAAGCGGGGCUACCUGCCUGCCCCGGAGAUGGGGGAACACAGCACCCUCCUGCAGUCCACGCUCUCUGUCUGGCUGGGCAGGAGCCUAGGACAUGGGGGCAUUUCCCUGCUCAGUUGUGUCCUCUCUUACUUCACUUCCACCCUGUUAUUUCUGGCCUACCCCUGCCGGCAAGCUUGUGCCGGCUCCUGGAUACGGCACUGCCAGACCCUCUCCUCCGUGAAGCAGCCGGUGCCUGGGGGGUGGCAGACACCGCGCGGGGCAGGCUCGGCUGGCACCGCACCAAGACUCUAAGUGAACUCAACACUAGGACGGGCCCAGGAUGCUCUAUGCUGCACCAGUAAAAUCUUUUAAUUGGUACCGUGUGGUGGGCCAGUAGGGGGCGCUCCUGCGUUGAGCCGCCCACCUCCCUGCGCCCGCCCACCUUCCCGGCUCCGAGUGCCUCCCUGGGGUGCCUCCCGUCCGGCCGACCC